AGGCACAGGGCCCCCAGGAGGAGCGGCAGGCACAGGGCCCCCAGGAGGAGCGGCGGGCACCGGGCCCCCAGGCGGAGAGGCAGACGCUGGACCCCCAGGCGGAGCAGCGGGCGCCGGGCCCCCAGGCAGGGCGGCGGGCGCCGGGCCCCCAGGCGGAGCGGCGGGCGCAGGCCCCCAGGCGGAGCGGCAGGCGCCGGGCCCCCAGGCGGAGCGGCGGGCACCGGGCCCCCAGGCGGAGCGGCGGGCACCGGGCCCCCAGGAGGGGCGGCAGGCACCGGGUCAUCUGGCAAGGCAGUGGGCACCAAGUCACCAGGCACGACAGUGGGCUCCGAAUCAACUGGCAUGACCGCGGGCACUGGGUCAGACAUUGAAUCGUCUGGCUCGACAGCGGGCAUCAGGUCAUCAGGUACCGGAUCAUCUGGCUCGACAGCGGGCAUCGGGCGUGAUAGGCUCAUCAGGUUGGAUCAGUUCAUCAGGCUGGGUAGAGACAUCAGGCUGGGUAGAGACAUCAGGCUGGGUAGAGACAUCAGGCUGAAGUGCGGGUGCCGAGGCACCAGGCUG